GGAAGAUACUAAUUCAUAGUAACAGCCUCUUCUUGGCUGGAAGGACCGAACACAGCCAAGAUGACACUGAGCCCAGCAGGGCCAGAGCAUCAGGUACAGACAGGUGACAGGACUGCGCCGAGCGUCGCGCUGAGGCGGCGGUGGGGUCCCGACCCGGCGGGGCGGGGCCGGCCAGCUCAGCGGCGGGGAUCAGGCCUGCCUGCCCCGGGGCGGGGCCUCGGGAGCACCGGGCUGGCUGCGGCGGGGGACCCAAGUCCUAGAGUCCGGAGACCGAGGAGGAGACAGUAUUAUGGCUGUGGUCUGGUCAUCCCUGAGUGUCUGGAAAACUGCUGGAUUUUGGACCUGGGUAGUGGAAGUGGCCGAGAUUGCUAUGCACUUAGUCAGCUGGUUGGUGAAAAGGGACAUGUCACUGGAAUAGACAUGACAGAAGGUCAGGUAGAAGUGGCUAAGAAGUACAUGAACUAUCACAUGGAAAAAUACGGCUUCCGGGCACCCAAUGUGACUUUCAUUUAUGGCUACAUAGAGAAAUUGGGAGAGGCUGGAAUCAAGAAUGAGAGUUAUGAUAUUGUUAUAUCAAACUGUGUCAUUAACCUUGUACCUGACAAACAACGAGUGCUGCAGGAGGUGUAUCGAGUACUAAAGCAUGGAGGAGAGCUGUAUUUCAGUGACGUCUAUGCUAGCCUUGAAUUGCCAGAGGAAAUCAGGACACACAAAAUAUUAUGGGGUGAGUGCCUGGGUGGCGCUUUGUACUGGAAGGACCUUGCUAUCCUUGCCCAAAACGUUGGCUUCUGCCCUCCACGUUUGGUCACUGCCAAUCUCAUUACAGUUCAAAAUAAGGAACUAGAAAGUGUGAUCGGUGACUGUCGUUUUGUUUCUGCAACAUUUCGCCUCUUCAAGCUCCCUAUGACAGGACCAACUGAAAGAUGCCAAGUUACUUACAAUGGAGGAAUCACAGGACAUGAAAAAGGACUGGUAUUUGAUGCGAAUUUCACAUUUAAGAAAGGUGAAACUGUUGAAGUAGAUGAAGAAACAGCAGCUAUCUUGAAGAAUUCACGAUUUGCCCAAGAUUUUCUGAUCAGACCAAUUGGAGAGAAGUUGCCAACACGUGGAGGCUGCACUGCUUUACAAGCAAAGGAUAUAAUCACAGAUCCAUUCCAGCUUGCAGAAGAGUCUGACCAUAUGAAGUCCAGGUGUCCCCCUGAUGCUGCUGGCGGCUGCUGUGACACAAAGAAAUGCUGCAAAAACUACAACUGACUUCUACAAGUGAAGACACUGGGCAGGAGGCUAAGAAAUGCGUCACUAUGUCUUAUCCUGCUCUUCCACAUAGCACAUACUUACAAGCAAGAAUAAACGGCAAAACAUCCACUGUAUUCUAUAUUACUGAUAAAAAUAAAUGAAUUAUUUUUACAAAGUACUAAUUAAAGGUUCACAGCAAAUCACCUAAAGACUAGUUAAGCAGUUUUUGUCUUGACUAAUUCAAAGUUCUGGUGCCACUUAGUGGUCAGAAAUGGAACUGAGAAGCAGUGGAAAAGCCUGGCCAAUGGGCAAGAAAGGCUUCAGAAGUAACAGUUGGCCAAGGGUCUCAGACAAAACGUGCUCCUUCUGACCUGCAUAGCACCUGUUGGACUUUUCAGCAUGUUUGCUCAUUAAACAAAAUUCCUACUGAAAUCUUGGUAAUCCUGGGAAAAGACGGCCAAAUUAAAUUUGGUAGGAGUGCUCUUGAGGUAACUGGUCUUUUAAAUUAAACAGUUUUUUUUUAUUUGAGUGAAGAAACAAAUGAAUAAUAAUUUUUUGGACCCAGUUCACCCUAAUGUGUGACAGUAUAAUGAGUAUCUGCAGUAAAUCUUAACCAGAUCAGAAAGAGUUUGAUAAUUUUUAAAAGAUGAGCUAGGAGAUAGAAAAAUGGUGGUUUUUUUUUUUUUUUUUUCCUUUAUAAGGUGUCCUGGUUAAACUUUUAGGAAGGUAUUAGAUUUAGUUCUAGUUUCUAUAGUUAAAAGAAGAAGAUUGAGGAAUAUUUCAAGGAUGGUUACAUCAUUGAAAAUUAAAAACAUUAAGGAAAGUUUCAAGAAUGAUUAAAUAAAUUGAAGUCCAGUUGUACUUGAAGACUUUGUCAGGGGGACACAGAAAGGGGGACACAGAAAAAUAUAAGCCAUUAUCCUUGUCAUCAGGAGCCAAGAGUUCAGUUUUUUAGUAACAGCCUUCAAGGAAUGAAGAAUUUCAAGGAAUGAAGAAUUUCAAGGAAUGAAGAAUUUCAAGGAAUGGAGAAUUUUGAUAUAAUCUUGACUAAUUGCUCUGAUCUCAGUGCAGAAAGAGCCAGGGGGAACUGGCAUGGCCCGAGAGAUUCUUUAGUUAGAGGUAUGAGAAUUUUUAGAUCUUGUAGAACAUUGGGAUGAAUUUCACAGGACAGACCCCUGUUUUAACAAAGCUUUUAAAAAUGGAGAAAUUGUCAGAUUUCUGAGUCGGCUUCAGCUGUAGUCCCUAACUUACUAUUACAAACCGAGGAAAGGAUAGGUAGUAUGUUUUAAGCCCAAUUCAUAUUUGUGACCUUGAUUCUAAACAGUGCUUUCUUGGUUCUAAAUUUCAAUAUCUACCCAAUUGUACCCUACUUCAGUGACAGCAUUAGUUAGAAUGCUACAGCUGGGAUUAAGCAUACUUCACUAGGCACGAGUGCUCGAAGAUCCUAUGAGGGGAAAUAAUGAAAAAAAAGUAGGGGGGGUGUUCUGGUUAUUUCGUUUAUUAGGCUUUUCUAAAUUUAGGAGGAAGAGUUAGUAGCUUUUUGCUUGUCAUUCUGAACUUCUCAGUUCCCCCAGAAGACGUUGAGUGAUGAGACUGGGCUAGAAAUUCACACUGUUCUUUUCCUAAGAAUAACAUACUUUAUAUACUAAUUUCCAACAAAAGUGUACAUCUUAAGAAUCGCGUUUGAUAUAGAAUCUAGAAAAGAUAUGUAUUAAGACAAUAUAAAAUGAAAGUAGAUGUAUUUUACCCAGGAACAUGCCAUAAAGUUAUUUAAAUAUUAAGAAUAGGUGAAAUAGACAACUAGGAAUGUGACCUUUUAAGAACUUUAAGAGGGAGAGGCAGUAUGGAGUGAUGAUUAAGAGCCAAAAGCUGAUGCCAAACGUUACAGUUUUUUUUCCCUUUCACCUCUGCCGCUUAGUAUUUUGGCCUUGAGAAAAUAAUUUAACAUCUCUGUGCCUUUGUUUCCUCAUUUGUACGAAGUUCUUUGAAAGCGUGCGUAGCAGAGUUUAGAUUAUUUUUAGUUAAGAUCUGUCUGGCUGCUGUGAGCAUGUGAUGUCAGGACCAGCUGAAGGCCGAUGCUUCUUUUGCUGCUAGAAUGUGGUUUAAAAAGCUGCCCUGUAGGUCUUUUGAUAGGCUUACCUCCAGCAUUUUAUUAUUACCAUUUUUCAAAUGUACAGAAAAUUUUAAAGAAUUGCAGCAAUGACUCAUUUACCUACCACCUCGUUUAUAUACUUGUGAACCUUCUGCAAUCAUUUAAUACGUUUUAACAUUUAUAUUUACUAACAGCAGAGCUACAGAAACAGAGACCUAAUUCUUUUGUUGUCACAAACACUUUUCAAAAGAUGCUGGACUUAAAGAGUUUCAGGAGUAGAUUUUUCUCUUAAUUGAUUGUUGUAUCAAAUAAAGUAUUUUCAGUCCUUCA